AUGUCCCAGCUCCGUUCCCAGUUCACCCUCUGUUGUCUGGUCAAAAAGUUUCUUCCAGCGGUUGAGAACCAAGGUCACUGUGCCCUCUACGGUUUCCUCAAGAACCAGGCGAAGCGCAUGGCGAGCGAGAAGCCGGCUGGACUGGCUCUUGCCAGCGCAGUCUUCCUGACUUCAGGCACCACGCUGACAGCUCGAGUGGCUCAUCGUGUGGCCAACAGCUCGGCCGUGAGGACUGUGGUGAGUGGGAUCGCGAGGCCAGAUACUAAGAACAACUUCAUCGGUUGA